AUGCAUCCCUCAUAUAAGCAGAAGACUAACUUUGUCACAGAUAAAGGGCUCUACUGUUACCGGGUCAUAUCUUUUGGCCUGAAGAACGCUAGGGUAACAGACCAAAGAUUAGUAAAUCAAAUGGUUGCCAAACAAAUCGGACAAACAAUGAAAGUUUACGUCGAUGACAUGCUCGUCAAGAGCGUCAGAGCAUCCAACCACCUUGCCGACCUCGAAGUGACGUUUUCAAUCCUCCAGAAGUAUCACAUGAAGCUGAACCCAACCAAAUGUGUCUUCGACGUCGGUUCUGACAAGUUCCUUUGGUUUCAAGAGCUGAUGCAAUACCUAGGUUCGUCACCUUUACUGUCGAAACCAGAAGAGGGUGGGCCCCUACUACUAUACCUGGCAGUCUCGACCUCAGCCGUCAGCUCUGCACUCGUCAGGGAGGUAGGAAACAAACAGUAUCCUAUUUACUACACGAGUAAAGCAAUGGUGCCCGCAAAGACCAGAUACCCAAGUAUCGAAAAGUUGGCGCUCGGCUUAGUUUUUUCAGCACGAAGGCUUCAUCCGUACUUCCAGGCACAUAUCAUCAUCAUCCUAACCGACUCCCCACUCAAGCAGGUCCUUCGAAAACCAGAUGUCUUCGGACGACUUACAAAAUGGGCAAUAGAACUCAGAGAGUUUGACAUCCAAUACCGUCUGAGGAUUGCGAUUAAGGACCAAGCUGUGGUUGACUUCAUAGCAGAAUUCACCACCCCGAAUGGCGAUCCCAAAACAGAAGCAGCCUCGGCAACCCCACUAGUAUCAUCGCCUGCCAAAGAUCUAGAGUCGGAAUGGAGGUGGAUCGUUUAUGCCAACGAGUCUUCGAACGCUAAGCGAGCUGGGGCGGAAUUGUCCUGGUCGCGCCUGACGCUACAACCAUCUAGUAUGUCAUCAGGCUCAACUUCAGGGCCUUCAAUAACGAAGCAAAAUACGAAGCUCUUUUAA